AUGGCAUCAAGUGGAAACUGCGACUACUACGAACUCCUCGGCGUGAGCAGCGACGCCACGGCCGAGGAAAUCCGGAAAGCCUACCGGCGACUGGCUCUCCUCCACCACCCGGACAAGAACCCAGGCAGCGUGCAGGAGGCCACUGCCAAGUUCCAGCGUCUCCAGGCCGCCGUGGAGACGCUCUGCGACAACAGGAAGAGAGCCGCGUAUGACAGAGAGUUUCGUAAGCGAGAGAACAAGAGGAAGAGGGAAGAGAGUUGCAGACAGAGGGAGUACAAGAGAAGGAGAGAAGAAGAGCAGCAAGGAGAGACCCAUCACCGAAAACAAGGGAAGGACAAAAGGAGAAGGAAGCAGGAAGAGGAAAGGCGGAAGAGGUAUCAGAGAAGGUGGCGACGGCAAGGAACAAGCUACCAGUGGGACGAUGAGGAGGAAGAUUUGCAAGACGAGGUUCCUGAGGAGGAAAACAACGAGGAAGACGAAUACAUGGAUGAAAGUUCUAACGAGGAGGAGGAACACGUGCACGGGGCAGGAGCGUAUGAAUACGACGCAGAUUACAAAUCAGAGAUGGAUGAAGACUCCGAUUCUUGCAGUGACUACGAGUCCGAGGAAUCGUCCGAGCUGGACACACCAUCUGAGGAAGAGUCCGAGUCUGGGUCUUUCCACCAGCAUGACUCUGACUACGAGCCAGAGUCCGAGGCAACGACUGACUCUUCCAGCGAAGAAGAGUCAGAUAUAGGAGGACGAAGAGAAGGAUGUAGAGUGCCAAAUUCUUGUAAGGAAGAGAAGGAUGCAGAGAGUGAUAUAAUCCUCAAAGAAGAGGAAGAGAAAGAGGCAGAGAGUGAUAUAAUCCUCAAAGAAGAAGAGAAGGAUGCAGAGAGUGAUACAGUCCUCAAAGAGGAGAAGGAAGAGAUGGAUGCAGAGAGUGAUAUAAUCCUCAAAAAAGAGGAGGAAGAGAAGGAUGCAGAGAGUGAUAUGAUCCUCAAAGAGGAGAAGGAAGAGAAGGAUGCAGAGAGUGAUAUGAUCCUCAAAGAGGAGAAGGAUGAGAAGGAUGCAGAGAGUGAUAUAAUCCUCAAAGGAGAGGAGGAAGAGAAGGAUGCAGAGAGUGAUAUGAUCCUCAAAGAGGAGAAGGAUGAGAAGGAUGCAGAGAGUGAUAUAAUCCUCAAAAAAGAGGAGGAAGAGAAGGAUGCAGAGAGUGAUAUGAUCCUCAAAGGAGAAGAGGAAGAGAAGGAUAGAGAGAGUAGCAAAUAUUUUUGA